AUGCUCCAAAAUAUCAUUAUCCUCGAUGCCAAGUCUUGCUUAGCAACUGCAGUGUCUGCGGCGGUUAUCUCUAUCAUCACCAAGGUCAUCUACAAUGUCUACUUCCAUCCACUAAGUCGGUUCCCUGGCCCAAAGUCUCAUGCGAUUUCUCGCAUCCCAUACUUUCGUCGUGCUAUCAAGGGUACUCUGCCAUUUGACAUGCUUGAUCUGCAUAAGAAAUACGGAGAUAUUGUUCGUAUUGCACCAGACGAGCUUGCUUUCUCCCAUCCCGAUGCAUGGAAGGAUAUCAUGGGUCAUAAGAACGGAAAACCCGAGAUGGCAAAAGCCAGCUGGUUCUAUCGCGUACCUGACGAGCCGCUUCAUAUCCUCAACGAGAUAUCGACGAGCAUAAACGAUUGCGCCGACAGAUGGCCCAUGGAUUUUCUGAAAAGAGCAUGA